UUUCAGAUUUCGCUCCAGAGAAGAUCAGAGCUGAAGAUGCCUUGAAGUUAAGGUCUUCUCUUGAAGCGUAAAUACUGAAAUAUUUUGGCCUAAUUAUGUUCUUGCAAACUUUUAUUUACUUUUUUCGUUAAGAAAAUUGAAAUCAUUGCCGUGGUGAAAGGUUUGGUCUCAGUUUUUAUUUAUAAUAUGGUCAAAAGUGAUGUCUUAAUCACGGAUUUUGAUAUUCUACCAAACAUAACAAGCUAUUUUUGACACUUAUGUUGGCGCAUUCACAUGCAUAGCAGGGCUGUAAACGAGCUUGAGCGGCUUGUUCGAAUGGUUUCAA